AUGUUCUCCGAUCAAGAAAGUGAGACCAUUGCGGAUUACACGGAGGCCAGUACUCCCAAUGAUGGGGACUCACCAGUUAGUGUUGAUGUCCUGGAGGAGCAGCGGCCAGCGAAGCAGUCCCUGGGCGCGUGUGUCUGCCGCGAGUCCCACUGGCACUGCCUGCUGCUCUCGGUGCUCAUGUACAGCUGUCUGGGUGCCGUGGUCUGGUGCCAGCUGACCAGGGUGACCAAGAUCAGCUUCAACUCCGCUCUCACCUCCUCCUUCACGGCCUCCAUCACCUCCUCCCUCCGGGGGUCCUCUGGGAUGGGCGUCGGAGGACACACGAUGAUCUACCACGACAGCCCCUGUUCAGAUGGCUACAUCUACAUCCCUCUGGCCUUCCUGCUCAUGCUGUACCUGGUGUACAUGGUGGAAUGCUGGCACUGCCGGGCCCGAAGUGAGCUACAGUGUAAAGCAGACGUGGACAGCGUGUACGAACGAGUGCUGCGGAUGCGGCAGGCCCGACCUUGCGUUUGGUGGAAGGCCAUCAGCUACCAUUUCAUCAGGCGGACGCGGCAGGUGACCCGUUACCGGAACGGAGACGCGUACACCACCACGCAGGUGUACCAUGAGAGGGUCAACACGCAUGUGGCAGAGGGUGAGUUCGACUACAGCCGCUGUGGGAUGAAAGAUGUAUCACGUGAUCUCAGAGGUCUGGAGGGACAUCCGGCGACACGUUUACGCUUCACCAAGUGCUUCAGUUUUACCGGAGCCGGGCCGGAAAACACUUACCUCAACCAGCGGGCCCAGUUCUUCUCUGAGAUCGAAGGUCUGGAUGAUUAUAUGGAGGCCAGAGAGGGGAUGCAGUUGAAGAACGUGGACUUCAAAGAACAUGUCAUAGCCUACGUAGAUCCAGACCAGUUACCUUGGUACACUUCCCAGGUUGCCUUCUGGCUGGCAGCUCUCCUCAUGCUGUCCUGGCCACUGAGAGUGCUGAUAGAGUAUCGCACAGCCUACGUGCACUACAGCAUAGAGAAGCUAUUUGGACUGGAGUACAGCCACAGCAGCCCCUGUCCUGCAGAUGAAGAUGGGCCCGCAAGGACUAAUGGUGGCUGUAGCAUUCCCAGGGUGGACACACUGGACAGCACUGAGCUGGAGUGGCACAUCCGUUCCAACCGCCAGCUGGUUCCCAGUUACUCCGAGGCCAUGCUGAUGAACCCAAACAUGGUCGAUUCUAAUUCAACAACAGAACUUGAUGACACCGUGUCCUCCGGCCAUGUCCCUCUGAGCAACAGCCAACCCGCCCAGAGUUAUGGAACUCUCCUCGCCCAGGAUGACUGCGAGCACUGCUGCCAGCUGCAGAACACAACAGGGGAGGGAGGAGGAAGGAGGAGGACGAUCACCAGCUCCAGCUGUUCCUCCCUUUUCUCCUGCCGCGGAGCCUUGUUCCACUCCCGCCUCUCCCUGGACACAUCCCGGUUUUCUCUCUGCCGCAUGUACGGCUCCCGUCGCACCGUGGGCCUGUGGCGGAGUCGUAGCAGCAACUUAACAGACCGUUGCUGCAUUGACGAGCAGUGCUGCCGGUCCGAUUCCAGCCAACUGGCGUGUAAUGACAGCCCCCCAACUUACAGGGACGCCAGGUUCUUUCCUGUGCUCAUCGUGCAUAGGCCUGAAGGCUGCGGCAUUGAGGAUGGGAGGGAGGUGCGCCAUUACUACAUACGUAGAGGAUCCUGCUGUCAGGAGACCUCUCUAUGA